AUGGGGAACACCAUCCGGGCCCUAGUGGCCUUCAUCCCCACCGACCGCUGCCAGAAUUACGUAGUGGGAGACCUCCGGGAGAUGCCGCUGGACCGGAUGGUGGAUCUGAGCGGGAGCCAGCUGCGUCGCUUCCCACUCCAUGUGUGCUCCUUCACCGAGCUGGUAAAGCUUUACCUGAGCGACAACCACCUCCACAGCCUGCCUCCAGACCUAGCGCUGCUGCAGAACCUGCAGAUCCUGGCCUUGGAUUUCAACAACUUCAAAGCCCUUCCCCAGGUGGUGUGCACCUUGAAACAGCUCUGCAUCCUCUACCUGGGCAAUAACAAACUCUGUGACCUUCCGGAUGAGCUCAGCCUGCUCCAGAACCUCCGUACCCUGUGGCUUGAGGCCAACUGCCUCACCCAGCUGCCCGAUGUGGUGUGUGAGCUGAGCCUCCUUAGGACCCUGCAUGCGGGGUCCAACGCCCUAAGACUGCUGCCCGGCCAGCUCCGGCGCCUACGAGAGCUCAGGACCAUCUGGCUCUCAGGCAACCAGCUCGCUGACUUCCCCCCUGUGCUGCUUCGCAUGCCCUUCCUGGAGGUGAUCGACGUGGACCGAAACGGUAUCCGCUACUUCCCCAGCCUGGCCCACUUGACUAAUCUGAAACUGGUCAUCUAUGACCACAAUCCUUGCAGAAAUGCCCCCAAGGUGGGCAAAGGGGUGCGCCGUGUUGGAAGAUGGGCAGAUGAGACGCCAGAGCCUCAGCCCAGAAAAGCUAGGCGACAUGCACUGGCCCAGGAAGAGAGUCAAGAGCCAUCCGCUCCCCUUCUUCCUCCCAGCUCCUGA